AUGCAUCGACUUAGUACCUGGCUAACACUUCGUGAGAAACUGUGUGAUGAGUAUUGUGAGAGCGAGAUCGCCGCGAGUGAUCUCAAAGGUCGCCUUUGCAAAAACUUCAGAAAGUAUAUCGAAAGCCUUGGAAAAUGCGCCAAAGAUACCCGAAGCACGGUCAACAAGCAGUGCAAGGACAAGUGCAGGUGUUCCAAAGACGACGAUUGCGAUAUAAAUGACGUCUGCAAAGACCAUGCAUGCAAUCCAAAGGUCUGUCACAAUCAUCGUGAGUGUAACGGUCAAAUUUGCGAAUACAACAAGUGUACACCUUGCAAAUCAAACAGAAACUGUGAUUUUCGACCACAUCUUCAGUGUACCGACGGCAAAUGUCUUGCACACGUCGCUCUACCGCCAAAAUGUACCAAGAAUUCGGAUUGCAGGUCGGGCCUAGUUUGCAGAGACGGCGACUGUCGGCAAUGCCGUGCUGAUUCAGAAUGCCACAAGGACAUGAUCUGCAGCAACGACCACUGCAUGCCAAAACCGCCUACUUGCGGACAACCCGGCUUUGACUGGGCAGAGUGGCGCGGUCCUUUAUCCUGGAACAGCGUCAAAUCACCCCCUUUUACAGAGUAUGACCCGACCGUAUUCAAAUCUCAAAGGCCAGAGCACGGCGGUCGGACAAACACGCUGCUCAUUGACAACCCAGAGGAUCUCUACGGGCAGGCCAUAGACAUCAACCUUGCUUCUGUGAUACAUCAGGGAUUUCUCCUCGCCCCAGAGACAGGCAACUACACAUUCCUCUUUGGGCAAGCAGAUGAUAUUGUUCUGGUCUGGCUAGGCGAAAACGCUUUCCGUGGUUGGACUCGUGCAAACGCAGAUAUUGAGAGGACCUAUAUUCCGCCUCCCGGUGACGAGACACGUACGACAAGGCACCUGGAGCAGGGAACGUAUUACCCCAUUAGAGUUGCAUGGGGUGACAAGGGCGGAAACACAGCCAUGUCGGUCAGGAUCAUGGCCCCAAAUGGCACAGAAUUGACUGGCCAGAACGGUGGCUACUUUAGAACCGAAGCGUGUGAUGGUUCAUACGACAAGUUUCCUCCAUAUGGCCGGUCGUAG